GAAUCGCGAGUGUGGGAUUCUAGGCCGGGCUAGUUUCAGGAUUUCAUUAGAGUGGUUUUGGGAGUUACUUGAAGUAUGUGUCAUUCGUCGUGUUUAAGGGGAACAUAGUCAUUAAUAAUCAUAAAGCAGGUAGAUUCAUGCUACUACCUUCGAAGUUUAGACUUGUUUUGUGAUUAUUUACAAUAUGUUCUGCCUUAAAAACGACGAAUGAUGUAGGAUGCUCUUUUUUAACACAAGGUGCCAAUGUAUACCAUGCCUGUGCUGGUGUUGGCAUGGUUCACAAUAAUUAAUAUUUGGUUUUAUCAUGUAACCAUGUUUUGUCAGUCCUCAGGCACAUUGGAGAUAGUUUGCCAUGGCUGAGAAUACUGCACUAUCUGCUGGAAAGCCAGGUGGCUUUGAGCUGUGGCGUGGCAGGCUGGGUGCCGCUAGAAUGGUGGUGGCUCCCAUGGUGGACCAGAGUGAGGCGGCGUGGCGAAUGCUCAGCAGAAAAUAUGGUGCUGAGCUCUGCUACACGCCCAUGUUCCAUGCCAGUGUGUUCGUCAACGAUGUGAAAUACCGGCGCGAGUGCCUCACUACCUACCCAGAGGACCGGCCGCUCAUUGUGCAGUUCUGCUGCAACAGUCCGGCGGUGCUGCUGGAGGCUGCCCGCCACUGCGUCGGCCGGUUCGACGCGCUCGACCUGAACCUGGGCUGCCCGCAGUCCAUCGCCCGGCGCGGUCACUACGGAGCCUUCCUGCAGGACGAGUGGGACUUGGUGCGGCAGCUUGUGAACGUCGUGCACACGCAGACCGACAUACCGGUGACGUGCAAGAUCCGGGUGUUUGAUGAUCUGGAGAAGACCGUACGCCGCGGAUGCCUGGAGUCGGCCGGCUGCCAGCUGCUGACGGUGCACGGCCGCACGCGCGAUAUGAAGGGGCCCCUCACCGGGCUGGCCAGCUGGGACGCCAUCAAGGCGGUCAGGGAGGCGGUCAGCAUCCCCGUGUUCGCCAACGGCAACAUCCAGUACCUGGCCGACGUGCACCGCUGCUUGGAGUACACCGGGGCGCAGGGCGUGAUGUCGGCGGAGGGCAACCUGCACAACCCGGCGCUGUUCGCGGGCUCGCACCCGACCGUGUGGGAGGUGGCCGACGAGUACCUCCGGCUGGUGCGCCGCUACCCGUGCCCGCUCAGCUACGCGCGCGGCCACGUCUUCAAAAUGCUCCACUAUUGUCUCCUGAUGCCGGCCAAUCACGACGUACGUGCGCUUGCGGCGCGUGCCAAUCGGCUGGAGCAGCUGGAGGAGGCCGUCAGCCUGCUGCGAGAGCGCUAUCAUCGCUACACGGAGGAGGGAGGACCGGUGUGGAGUCCCGGACCUGGAGACGAGGUGGCGGGCCGGCUACCUCUCUCGCCGUUCCUGUGUCAGCCGCACGAGCGCGAGCCGAUCGCCCAGCACCUUAAGAAGAUGGAGGCGAACCAGGAGAAGCAGCGGCGCGAGCGUCAGCUACGUCUGCUGACGGAUCAGCCGCCGCCGGAGACCAAGCGGCCGCGCCAGGAGGACGCCGCCGUUGUCAGCAAGCGCAAGCAGAAGAAGAUGGCGCGCGGCGUCAAGAUCGGCGUCAACCGCGUGCUGAUGGAGCGCUGCGGCCUCUGCUGCAACCCCAGGGGCCAGCGCUGCCCGUACCAGCUGUGCAGAGUGCACUGUCGCAACAAAUGCUACGAGGAGAAUCUCGACUGUGUCGGCCACCGGAUCCUCUGCAAAACCAAACGGCAGAAAGCCCAGCAGCGGAACAGCAUUCCCGAGGCGCCGAACGGGGCCAAGUGCCACGAGCUCGCGGCCGAGGGCGGCGAGGAUCAGAAGGCCGUCGGGGUCGGGGGUCACGAGGGGAACGUGGCGCGGGUGGACCGCGCGUGUGAUGUUGAAGUCAGAGGUCAGGGUGAUGAUGGAUCGGAGUCGGCGGAGGCUGGAGGUGAGAGGGAAGGACGGUCGAGUGAGGUAAGGUGUACAGCCGGGGUGGGCUCGCCCGGAGCGUCGGCCGAUGAUCGGAUUAGCCGGGCGCCGGCUUCGACCACCCCCCGACCGACCGAAGUGGACUUGUCCGGGUCCGGGCCCAGCUGAUACCGUACGUCGUUAGGCGAUUCGGGCGAAUUUCGGCCGCGGUGCCUUAUGGGCCUCGUCAGUUGUUGCGUUGGGAUGCUGAAGUCAUUCUGCCGCCCGAAUGUCGGUUUUUGUGCGAAAUCUGUUCCAAUCUGCGCUGCUGACACCGCUGAACGUUGUCCUGUAUUGCGGUAUUGCACUAUAUGUCAAAAAUCACUGCUGGAGACGUCUCUUUUAUACAUCCCCAUAAAUAAUGCCGGUGCGUGCGGCGGCUACAAAAUGGCCGUCGACAGGCGACCAAUUUGGCCUUCUCACCUGUCGUCGCUGUGAGCUGCGGGGUGAGCACGGGCUUACCUCCCAUGAGCAGUGGCUCAGCUCCGUCGAAUAUCGGACGGCAGCCGACGCUGCGGGGCGCACGCCGAGUGGUGUGCGAGUGCUGGGAGAGGACUUCAGUCGCGCACUGGUUGGGCGGCGGGGGCGACGGAUGGGCAGUGGUAGCUGAUGACGUCUGGCUUGAGUGGCGUACUGAUGACGUCCUGAGUGACGUGCUGACGUCAGCCGUUGCGUCAGAAAUGGCGACGUCUUCUGGAUGUUCGACGUGUGACGCGUCACAUCCGCCGCCGUGUUGGGUUAGGGGUGGGUAUCGGAA